AUGACGACGACGACGACGAUGGCAUACAGACAACGGACAACGGACAACGGACAACAACGACCACGGCGUACGGACGACAAUGACAAUGACAACGUACAGACGACAAUGACAACGUACGGACGACAACAACGAAGACGACGUACAGACGACAAUGACGAAGACAACGUACGGACGACAACAAAGAAGACGAUGAUGAAGACGACAGACAGACGACAACGAAGACGACAUACGGACGACGACGAAGAUGACGCAUGGACGACGACGGCGACGGCGAGCGUACAGACGAGGAGGAGGAGGAGGAGGAGGGCCUACAAGCGACAGACGACGACGACGAAGACGCGCGACGAGGGCUCGAUACCCCUCCUUAACUGCCCACUACUCCCUCACUGCCCACCACUCCCUCCCCCUCUCCUUUAUCCCACCACUCCCUCCCCCUCUCCUUUACUGCCCACCACUGCCUCCCCCUCUCCUUUACUGCCCACCGCUCCCUCCCCCUCUCCCUCAUUGCCCACCUCCCCCUCCCCCUCUAUCCACCUCACUGCCGACCACCCUUCUCCUUCAGUGCCUACCACCCUCCCCCCUCUAUCAUUGCCUACCACUCCCUUCCCCUCAUUCAUCCUUUCCCCUCCCCCUCAUUCAUCCCUUCCCCUCCCCCUCAUUGCCUACCACCCCCUUUCUGAUUGCUUACCAUCCCUUUUCCUUCAUUGCCCACCACUUCCUCACUGA